AUGGCUGCAAAACGUUUCAACCUCCUUGGGCUAACACUUUCGGAGUUAAAACGGUUUUCCGCUGACAUUGGUCUUCCAGCAUAUCGUGGCAAACAGCUGCGUGAUCACAUUUAUGCUGGACCUCCCGUACGUUACAUCGACGAUCUCGUCUCGCUUCCGAAGGCGACACGUGCUGCACUGCUGGCUGCUGACGUGCAUAUCGGUCGAUCAUCCGUCCAUCAUGUCGUCGUUGAUUCCGAUGGCGUCGUUAAGCUUCUAUUGCGACUCGGGGAUGAUAAGGUUAUCGAGACUGUAGGCAUACCAUCCUUAGAGAGAGGCAAGGACCGACUCACGGCGUGCGUCUCCUCCCAGGUAGGUUGCCCAAUGCGUUGCACGUUCUGCGCAACAGGCAAAGGAGGCUUUACGAGGAACCUAGCACCACAUGAGAUUGUGGAUCAGGUGUUAUCGUUAGAGGAACACUUUGGAAAACGCGUCACCAACGUUGUAUUCAUGGGUAUGGGUGAACCUCUUCUGAAUACCCCAAACGUAUUACGGGCGUAUACUGCUUUAAACACAGAAAUUGGAAUUGGGGCGAGACACAUAACCAUUUCUACGGUAGGGGUGCGUGGAUCACUACAGAUGCUAGCCGGUGCCCGACUGCAGAGCACCCUGGCAGUAUCGUUACAUGCUCCUAAUCAAUCACUCCGCGAGGUGCUCAUACCGAGCGCCAAGUCAUAUCCGCUGGGUGAGCUCUUGAAUGACUGUGAACAGUAUUUCAUUGCAACCGGUCGCCGUGUCACGUUUGAGUACACUUUACUGGCUGGGAUCAAUGACUCCUCCGAGCAAGCUGUGGAACUGGCAGAGUUGCUACACAAGAAAAAGCUUGCUUCACACGUGAAUCUCAUCCCAUACAAUCCAGUGCAUGAUGCACCAGAUUUUGCGAGACCAGAUCGAGCCACUGUUUUCAAGUUCAAAAACAUUUUAGAAGAGAUGCAAGUGCCUGCCAGUAUACGACAGAGCAGGGGACUUGAGGCGGCAGCUGCCUGUGGUCAGUUGCGCAGCUCAUUUCAGAAGAUAUCACCUGAAAUGUCAGAUUAG